AUCGGCUCAAGGUGGACAAGCGAGAAAGACGAACGUCCGAACCAUCGGCCCUAUAAAUCGAGCCUUGUGAUUGGCUGGCUUGGCAUUGUACCAGCGAAUAAAAUGUAUUCUUAAGUAUUCCUGCACAUUACCGCAUUGUAAUGGCAGCAUUUGUUGAUGGUGAACUAGAUUUAUUUGUGUGCAGGAAUUUUUUGUGUGUGUACAGUUAUAUCGUGAAAUUCGAACAUGUCUGACAGUGACUCUGAUCAAACUGUGCUUAGUGAUUUUGCUUUCUAGCAGUGAAUCUGACACUGAGACUGAUGAAAACAACCAGGAAAUUAAUGAAGAUUUUCAAAUUGAGGGUAAUGCUAAUAUUGUGAACUCUUGGUUUAGUAUAACUAGUAUUAGAGGUCCUCAACUGGACAUAGAUGACCCCUCUGAAUUUUUAGACAACAUAAGCAUCCCAUUUGAGUACUUUAUGCUAUUUUUUACCUUAAAUAUCACUCAAAUGUUUAUGAGAAAGACCAAUAGGUACGCAGUCAACUUUCUCAGUAGCAUCCAGCUUAAGAGAAGGUCCGUAACAACUGAAAAAUAGGUGGGGGGGGGGUGGCAUUGAGAAGGAGUAGAACCAUGUGCCAGAUGUAUCUGAAGGGCCUCCAUGGGCCUUGUUUCCCAAAAACAUAAGUGUUAGGACUUAUUCAGGCUUCAUCCAUCAAAAAAUUCACACAAUUGAUGCAAGUAAGCCAUGUUUAUUCUAGGUUUAACCAAAAAUUACAAGCAUAAAUUAUGCAAAUCAUUGUAGCUCAUUUGCAUAAAUUUUAUUUCUGUUUGAUUCAUAAAGAUGGUAUUAGUUCAUUCAAUUUCCUACAAGAAAAUAUAUAGUUUUACCUAUAUUAAGGAAAUAGUUUAUUUUUUAUAAUUUUUUUUGCAAUGCGAGUGCCGAGCUCGUAAAAUGUGCUCUGUCUCUUUGGCACAUACACCCCGAAAAGGCCUUGUCCUAAGAGGGUUAACAAUACCAUAACCACAGGCUGGCCGAAAGUCUUGGAACUACAGGAGGCUACCAUAUACAUUUUUUUUCACUACUUAAAGGGUUGCACAUGAGCAUCUAACACUUGGUUAUCAGCCAAAUUACCCAUAUAUUUAUACAAUAAUUACUUGUAGAACUUAACAAGCAGUCUUUUACUAUAUAUCACGGUCUGCUUUUUCUUCCUCUCUAGAUGUCCUAAAGUUGUGAAAGCAGUUAAUCUGUUGUGCUGCUGAACAUUAUAAGUAUGCAGUGAUGGAGAGUGAAAAGGAAAAAUUGCAACGGCAUUUUGGCCUGAUUCCUGACCCUACACAAAAGUAAGCCCAUACUUUCUAUGUCAGUAAAGACAUUAUUCUUUUUUUUUUUUUAGCUAACAUUGCAAAACUCUUGUUUUAAUUAGCCUGAAUGGUCUAAUUUCCCCUACAUAAAUAAUAAUAAUAAAGUUUAUUUGAAAAACACACUUCAUCCCCAAAAGCUCGAAGCACGGUACAAUGUCAACCAUGUUAAAAAGAGAAAUAAAAACAAUCUAAAAUUUACCACAUUUAAAAACAGACGCAACAAUAUAAAACUACAUACGAGCAUACCCAGUCAAAGUUUUUCAUCCCGUUUCAACCAUAAGCAACACAAGCCAAUAUACAUUAACUGAAAAAGAUGGUAGAUAGCAUCACCCCAGAAGGUGUUUGCGAAAUAGAUGUGUUUUUAAUUUGGUUUUAAAGGACUCCAGUGUCUGGCUGUUUCUGAGAGCGCCUGGAAGUGCGUUCCAAAUUGUUGCUGUUGGGAUUUUCAAAGGUUUUACUAUUUUUUUAACCUGGUUAAUGUUUCUCAUAGAUGUUAAUCUUCUAACUUAGUCAGUGUACCUAACUUAGAAUGGAUUAAUAUUAACAAUAUUCUGUAACUUAAAGUUUAGCCAUUUUAAAUUUACUUAUAUUGAAAAUGAACAAGGUACUUGAAUAUUUUUUAUUCUUAUGGAAUUGAAGUUUAUUAUUAAAACAUAUAAAAUCAUAGCCCAGCCAUUUAAGGGUGAUACAAAAAUAUAUAUUCAUACAAUGUUUACCAAAUUCUGUAAUAAUAGCUGUCUUUACAUCCUUAUUCCAAUAAAAAUAAUAAAUAUACAGUCAAAUUUUGGAUUAUCCAAAUGAAUUGGAUACUGGGGUUGUGCGGAUUAACUAUUUUUUGGAUAACGCUAAACUCAGUGGAAAAAGUGUGUUAAAGAAGCCAGUCUUAUACACAUGAUGCUUUAUUAUUGUACAGUGUAAGUUGAACGGUAUCCAUCAAUCUUCUGUGUUUAGUGUAAUAUGAACAGUAAUGAUGAAUCUUCUGUGUACAGUGUAAUAUAAACUGUAAUUAUAUAUCUUCUGUGUACAGUGUAAUAUGAACUGUAAUCAUACAUCUUCUGUGUACAGUGUAUUAUAAACAGUAAUCAUGCAUCUUCUGUGUACAGUGUAAUAUGAACUGUAAUCAUACAUCUUCUGUGUACAGUGUAUUAUGAACUGUAAUCAUCAAUCUUCUGUUGUUUCAAAUGUGAAAUUCUUUAAUUUUUUGCCAAGUCCCUCAACUUUUUCAGAAGCUAAAUUUUAUUGAACAACACUCCUUCGCAGUUAACAUAAUUUUUUAUGUGUCAAACCCGACAAAGUGGAUUGGGGUCACGGAGUUCCGUAUAUACUCUUUUACAGGUAGCAGUUGUUAACCAAAUAUUGUGAUUAAAACCAAGGGUGUGACCUAUCCACUCAAUAUUAAUUUUGCUUAAUAUUCAGUAUGGAAUAGUCAUUGAUACUUAAAGUCGGAGAAUUGAUUUCUCCCUUCCACUCAAUUGCACACAUGCGGAAGGCAUUCUGUUUUUAAUAAUUUUUUUUAAAGAUUACGUUAGUUUGUGAAUUCAGUAAUUUAGUCUCUUAAAAUUAGUAUUUGUUCAAAUUCAAGCAAGCAGUUGGCAAAGCUGUGAAGUCUGUUUAACAAGUAUUAGUUAUAUUUACGUGACCUUUCUGUGGGUCAACUGCAGAUACUCUCUUUGACAAUCCUAAACUGAGGGGGCAACAUGUACUGAGUAUGUACAAUACUGGAAUUUUUUCAGCAAAAAAGGUCAUUUCCAAAAAUAGAUGACUGGCGAUUAGAAUAAAUUCCAAGGUAAUUUUUUCUUAGCAGGGGUGUAUUCUGCCCUAUUUAUUGAUUAAAUAGUUGACAGAUUGCAUCAUCCCAUCUAGUGAAAGGAUGUCAAGGAAGGUAAGAAACCAAAAACAAUCACCACAAAAUGAUUUAAAUCAAAUUUUUAUUGUGUCACCAUCAAACAUUUUAUAGAUUCGUUUUUAUUAAAAAUAGUGAAAAUUAUUACCCUAGCUAUACAAAAGUCAAAUAUUCUGAGUCCUGUUUAUGUCUUAUAACUCCUGUCACAUACAAGUGUUGUUUAUGUCUUGUAACUCCUGUCACAGACAUGCUUUUUGUCUUGUAACUCCUGUAACAGACAUGCUUUUUAUGUCUUGUAACCCCUGUCACAGACAUGCUUUUUAUGUCUUGUCCUGUCACAGACAAAUGCUCUAGUCAACUUAAUAAUUUAAUAGCAGGAUUAUUAUAGCAGCUUUAUUUUAUUUCUCUGUUUCUCUCAUUAGGUUAACAGGAGAAAUUUUAAAAUUCUGUCAAAGGUAUCCACAUCUACGGAAGGAUAUUUUAAAUUUACUGCUUAAGAGGCUGCAAAAACCUCACCAUGGUGUGGCUGAAAAAGAAGCAGAAUUUUCAAUGUGUAAUGAACAUAAUAAUGACAAAGAGGACUCUUGCGAGCAGACCUACACUAAAGAACCAAUUAGAAGCAAUAUCAAAGAAUGCACCAAUAGGAAUGGCUGUAGAGACCAGUUUCAACAAACAGUUGGGAAUGACGAAGAAGAAGAUGAAGAGAAAUGUGAAAAAGACUUGGCAGAGAAAGAGAAGUGCCAAGUUGAUGACCAUCAAAGUUAUCAGUAUGGAGAGAAGCAUGAAAUUGAUAGUCCUGAAAAGGCAAUAAGUGAAUUGAACAUGUUGUCUGCCGGAUCAGCUUUGCAAGAUGUUUGUUUGUAUUCAGGGGGGAUGAACAUUUUUGAUCCUUUGCUUUACAGUAUCUGUAACAACGAUGAUGAACACCUGGGGCUCAAGACAAGCGACAAACUGGACAGUUUCAAAGCUGCCAUUUAUAUCAUUUAUGAGAACAAUAUCUGCAAGCCUUCAUUGCCUGGGAAAUGCCAGAGCAAGAAUAUAGUGGAGAUGUUUACAGGCCACGAUGUGAACACUUCACACAACUAUACUGCAACUAUAAGGCUGUAUGACAGUCUUAAGCCUAUCAAUCAACCUGUGAUGGUUGCAACACAAACAUUGGACUUGAUGAGUUCAGAGCUGAAAUUGGCAACUGUUACUUUACAAGCUGGAGCUGAGGAAAAACCCAUGUCACAAUCUGAAGCCUUGGGCACAGAUGAAAAAAAUCAAGAAAACUUUUUGAAAUCAAACAAGAAAAGGAAGAUGAAAAACAAGAAGAGAUUUUAUUUCAAAAAGACAGAGUCCAACAAAAAAGGGAUGAUUCAUAAAAUGAAGAUUGGGAGAUGCUGUAAACAAGCAGGAAAGAUACAAAGGAAGAAAAGCAGGCACAACAGAUUCAAAGCUAAAAGGGACAAACAAAAAUAUUGGAUUUUAAAAAAAAUUGAUAAAAGCAAAAUGUGGGCUGAAAAUGCACGUGAGAAUAGAAGAUCACCUCAGCACUUUGGAUAUCUUUUUGGUUGGUCAUUUUUCUCUAAACUUAUCUCCAAACAUCUUUUAAUUUUCAUAUUUUGAAUAUUAUACUACAAAAGUGUAUGAAAAUAAUACCCAAAAAAUAAAAAAGAAAAAUUAAAAUAUGACAGUAAUUAAUUUUUAAUGUCAUAUAAUUCGGGCAUUUGGUCUAAUAAUAAGUUUUUAAUGUCAUUUACUGCAGGUGUUUGGUCAAAUAACAAUAGAAAUAAUAACAGCCCGCUUCCAAGUGGACCACACAAAGUUCGGACUCACUCAGGAGUAAACCAUUCUGGUGGUGGUGGAACAGGAAGUGGUAGAGCUAAUGGAGGUGGAACUUCAGGGAAUUCCGAAAGUAAUGGCAGUUCUUCUGGAAGUCAGGUACUUGUUUCAUAGUGUUAAGUUGAUGAUUGAAUAUUUAACAUUGUAUCAGUUUCAUUAAAUCAAGUACAUGGCUGUUAUGUUCCAUUCAUUGGAAUAAUAAACUCUCUGAAUAACAAAGCUCAAAAAAAAUUGUUAAAAUAGGUGGCUUCAUUACCUAACGUAUGAUUAAAACCAAUUUAUAUUUUGGGGAGUUUUGGUAUAUGAAAAAUAAGACAAAAGCACAACAAUGUUUGUUAAUGUAACAAGAUUUAAUCCCCCCCCCCAAAGGCCAACGGAGGAUCUUCAGGUGGACAAACUGGAGGAAAUGGAGGACCUGGGGAUGACAGGCGGCGUAAUGAUCAAGGCAGAUCUAGCAACUCAAGUCCUAGUCUUCCUAAUCCAAAACUAGAUGAGAAACAUAUUGCCAUGAGAGAAACAGUCAAGAGACAGAGAGGAGUUCCCCCCAAUUAUUCAGUGAUCUCAACAAAUGUUGUACAGACUGGGAACCAUAUGAUACAAGCUGGGAACCCUGCGGUACAAGCUGGGAACCCUGCGGUACAAGCUGGGAACCCUGCGGUACAAGCUGGUAACCCUGCGGUACAAGCUGGUAACCCUGCGGCACAAGCUGGGAACCCUGCGGCACAAGCUGGGAACCCUGCGGCACAAGCUGGGAACCCUGCGGCGGCACAAGCUGGGAACCCUGCGGCACAAGCUGGGAACCCUGCGGCACAAGCUGGGAACCCUGCGGCACAAGCUGGGAACCCUGCGGAACCAACUGGAGCUGACAGUGUACAAGCCGAGACUAUAGAGGCCAUGAUGCAAGGUUGCGUUCAGGUUGAUUAUGAUGCUGUGAUUAGUGUUCAGCACGCGACAUUGUCAAUAUUACAGCUCUGUGAUCUUUUAGGAACUUCAGUAAGUGCUUUCUUGAUUAAUUUCUCAUUAAGUGGACAAUAUUAUAAGCUCUACAAUUUUCCUCUUCAAAAGCCACUUAGGACAGGGUGUCCAAAUCUUGUCUAUAUUCCACAUCCCCAUAUACAUUGUUUGACUAAAUCUCGCACCCUUAAGGAAACUAACAAGGCGUUUAAAAAUUGAAACAAAAUGGACUGCUAAUUGAGCUUUUGAGGCUUAUAAUGUAUAAUGUUAAUAAAGAAAUUAAAAAAAAUAUAUAAACAUUUCUAUGAGAACUUUAAGAUGAAUGGCUUCUGUGUUCUUUUGAUCCCUUUUCCUCACACCACUUUAAAUGCCCAGGUUGGUAAACCCUGACUAGAAACUUAUUAAGUUCUUAAAUGUUGACAUCAUCAUUGGUGCAUCACAACCUGAUUUUUGAUGAUGUUGUAAGACUAAUAUUAUAUCCUUCAGUGUCAUCUUGACAACAGAUAUUUCUUCAUUUGGUCAUUAAUAACAAGGCUAAAAGAACAAUGAUAAGUUUUUAUUUUUUAGAAAUUAACUUUUUCAAUAGCAAGUAUUUUUGUUAACAACUGUUAUUUCCCUUUUGUUUUCAGACGAACACCAUUCCCAUUAGUUCUGAGGCGGUGAUCAAUUUUAAUCUCUGUCUGACCCACGCAUUGCACGACCUGUCGUAUUCUUCACUACUGGUCGCCAAUGACCCUAUUUUUGUGACCAUAAGUGAGUGCACCGCCUGUAAUGUUCUGUCUCAAAUACUGAAACACCUGGCAAGUUUGACCCAUAUACAGACAGCACAUACAUGUGAUCAGUGCUCACAGAUCUUCAAUUUGAUCUUAUGGCAUGCUACUUGGUGCAUAAGUGCGGGCAGGCGUAAAGCCAGGUUAAGUCGCUGUGACCUGUGUUACAAAAUUUGUAAAUCUGCCCAGUGGAAUGCAGACAUGUUGCAGACAAACCAGUGGAAACUCCUGUUGAAGGUUUGUGGUUAUUCACUUUUUUACUGUUGUUCUGGAUCUCUUUUCUCAGCCUCAAAAAUUAUUUUAAUGUUUUUCUAAUAAAUAUAAAUAUGAAAAAAGUCUCAUGAAACCAAAAAAAUUGUUAUGAGGUAAACUUCAUAUUUUUUUCAUCUUUAGGUGAAAAAAUAUUGUGCUAAAGUUUUAGGUAGUGGCGCUGAGAGUUAUGAGAGUGAAAUUUCUCCCAUCAAGCAAGGACCAGAGGUUGGAAUUGGUGAGACAGAUAACAGGUUCAGUGAGACUGAAGCCUUAAACUUAGUUUCAUCAAACAGCAGUCUGUCAUUUAAUGGCAACAUUGUCACCACAGAAUCCUCAGCUGAGCUGCAAGAAACCGUUCCAGAUGGUCCAUUACAGUCAACCUAUUAUACCAAUACUAUGCCGCCCCAGAUUUCCUUGGGAGCCUCUUCCUCAAGCAGCAUGCCAGGCUUUGGGUCAUCUUCUACAAGCAGCAUUCCAGGUUUUGGGUCAUCUUCUACAAGCAGCAUUCCAGGCUUUGGGUCAUCUUCUACAAGCAGCAUUCCAGGCUUUGGGUCAUCUUCUACAAGUAGCAUUCCAGGCUUUGGCUCUCUAACUAACAUGCCUUGUCCAACCUCAGCCAGCCAUGGAGACACAUACGUCCACAACAAAUUGUGUCGCAAGAACAGCCAAAGAAGAUCAACUAGUAUUCCGCAGCCUAUAGCCGAAGAAAGUGGUUUUGAUGAAAAAGAUUCAGAGGUUCCCUUAAAUGGUAAGUAAAGACGUUGUGGACAUUUUAAAUGAAUUAAAAUUUUUAGUCUCUUUAUGUUAGUAUUUGUGAAAAUUAUAACAAACAGCUGGCUCAGUUUCUUACAUAAAUUAUACAAUUUAUAAAAUACCCAUACAUUUUUUCAAAUUUUCUAGCAAAGAAAAAAUGUAACAAAAAGGGAAUUACUGAAGUAUUUGUAUCAGAGCAUCCCAUGUUAUUUUGAUGUAUUUUAAUUCAACAGGUGGGACAAAGGAUGAUUUUGAAAAAUUCAUCGUAGGAAGAUAUGUAAGUUCAAAUAAUAGAUUUCAUAGUUAUUGUAAGUUCAGAUAAUAGAUUUUAAAUUAAUUGUAAUUUCAAAAAAUAGAUUUCUGAAUGAAUGGAGAAAGGGAGCUAAUCUAUUCUCCUAUUCUGGAUUAAUGAACUUUUCAAUGAUUGUUUUAAAGACCUGGGAUUUACAUUAUUUUAAAUUCACACCCAUUCUUUACCUUUAAAAGAAAUAUAUAUGUAGCAAAAUUGGUUCGGUUUGAAAGCUCUUGUUUGACUUAAUAAAUUUAGAUCAUGAAUUUCUCAAUUUAAUUGGUUUUAUAAGAGUGAAGAUCCGUAUGACACCCAGCGUACUUAUGGAGAACAAAACAGGCACACCAGCAUGCCUUUAGGAAAUGUGCACGAGCCGGAGCAGUUUAUGUCCCUGUGGAAAUAUCCUAUGGGAGAACCUGGUGUAGGAGCAGUUGUAUUUGGUCAUCCGUCACAGCUGAGAAAAGUAGCUAGGUAUGUAUCCCAUUUGUUUUAUUUUGCUUAGACACAGAGUUGCAGCCAAGUUAUUCAAAUGUUUUAUUACUGUCACUAAUAUAAUAGACUUUAGUUUCCCAGAAACUUUUAUUGAUUUUCCUUUGUUCAAACAAAAUUUAAUGCUAUACAUUGGGUACAUGUCUAGUUACCACCGUAACUCAUUAACUACCAGAUUGAAAAACAGGCUGUGGCCAAUUUAAAUUUAGGUCACAUUUUCUUAUUUGCAGGUUUAUUUACAAGUUCAGCUGCAUUUUUCUUAAUUAUAAACAAAUUCAGUAGCAUACUAUUUUUAUAGUUACUUGAAUUGUCUAUAAGAUAUAUUGUGAAACAUAGUCAUUUUAAUUUUUGGUAUGAAAUUAUUAAAUUAAUAUUUACCACAGAAAAACAAUUAAAAAAAUUAUAUAAAUGUGCCAACUUACCUGUCAAUAUUGAAUUUCCAAUACAUUUGAAGCCUUUCAUUUGGUGGUUUCCAAACAGUUAAUCCAAUAAUAAGAAAAAAUGCACAUAAGAAUACAGAAAUAGAAUAAUAUUUUCACUUCCAAAUACUUAUAUGGCUUGGAAAUUAAAUCAAAAUGAAUUAACAGCUUGUUUUUUAAACCUUCUGCCAAUAGCAUGUGGUUCAAAAAUUAACAUCCUGUCUGGAAAUUAAAAUCUGGAACCAAAACAGGAACAGAACACUAUAAAUAUCUGACUCAUUUUACUGUGACUCAAGCACUAAAAGAAACUAAAGAAGCGCUCCCAUUGGCCCAUUGUAGUUAACCGGUUAAAAUUAUUAGAACAAUCAUAUAAUUUAUUUCUAUUUCUUAUAUCACAAGCUAUUGGGUUAAAAAGAGAGUAGAAUGUGAGAACACUGGUUACUGUCCUUAUCAACACAGGGAAGAAGGCGUCAUACUGGCCGAACAAAAGGUUAGACAAUCUUCUUUUACAUGCUUACUGUAUAUAAUUGUUCAUAAGCCAAUCCAUUUAGUUUUGGCAUGGAAAAUCUUGAAAAGUGUGUAACCCAAUUUUAAGCUGAACCCUUUAAUUUUGGCAGGUUACUUACAGCUUGCAAAUUGUGUAACCUGCUCAUAAGCCGACCUUAUAAAAUAAAUGCCAGCAGAAUCAAUAAAGAAAAUGAUAUUUUAAAAGUCAAAGUUUAUAAAAAUAAUUAUUGUGCAAGUAAAAAUACUUAAAAACAAAUAAACAAUAAAAUGCAUAACACAGAUACUUGCUUUGCAUGUCUGCCUGUACAUACUGUAAACAUACUGAACAUUUCCAAAAGUUGGACCUUUGGUUCUACAAUAAUUUCAUUAUUUAAUGCAGAUUCUUUGAUACCUUCUAAGCACUGUAGUCACAAAAUGUGUGACCCAAUUUUCCACUCAGCUUUAUUUUGACUUAUUUAAUUAAUUUUUUCUUCAUAGUUUUCGAUGGGGCACCUCCAUGAAGGAAAAAAAAAAUUAUUUUCAGAGAGUAAAGAGCAUAUUGUUGGGUGCACACCAUUUCUAAUUUCAUUUAAUUUGUGGUUUUCAUGGUCUGACUAAGUAAGCAUUGAUUGGAUGAUGAUACCAUGAAUUUAAAGGGGAAAAAAUAUUUAAAUUAAAAGUAUAUAUUUUAAAACAAAAUUAUAUUAUCGGGUCUGUUUAAUUAGCCCUACUCAACUAACUGGAAUUGAUUUUAGGAAAACAAAAAUGAUUUUUGAGCCAACCCAAAAAAUUGGAAAAAGUAGAUGGCAACCAUGGGCAAGGUUGCCUACUAUGUUUUACAAAAAUUUGGAUGUAUUCUAUAAAAGCAUCAAUGUACCUGGAGAAAAUUGUAAAAAUCUGUGAAAAAUUCUUUCGCUGACCACCCCACUUAUGCUCGUGAAAUAAUUCCAAAAAAAGUCUGCCUAUAAAAGAGUUUAUAUUACAUUAACAUAUUUUACGGACUAUAAGACGCACAUUAAUUUUUAAGCAAUUAUAAAAAAAAUUACAUCUUCAACAUUUUUAUAUUAAUUUUGAAUAAAAGAAGCACCUGAAUUUUGGAGGCAAUUUUAAAAAAAAAAAGUGUGUCUUAUAGUGCGUGAAAUACGGUAUAUACAGUAAAUGCAUUUUCAGUUCACAUUAAUUGACUUUGUAAAACUUUUUUUAUAUACUUAUAUUAAUGAGCCUCUAUAAAUUCUGUGUAAUCUUGUUUGAAAACUGCUGUCUUAAGUGCACUAAUUAAAAUUUUUCAGGAUAAAUUUAGUAUCCUACGCACUAGAUAUCAGAAAAAUGUACAGUGGCAGCGUUUGACUCACCUGGGUAAUGGAAUGUCAGGCAAAUGCCACCUGGCCAUGGACAUGAAAACAUCUUUCAAAUUUUGUUGUAAGAAGGUAUGCACAAACAUAUUCUUUUCAGUGCAGCUUAUUAUCCCAACAAUUUUAAUAGAAACAACUUUUAAGUUAACUCAAACUACACCCCAUUUGAGUUCAUCCAACUUAAACUUCCUGAAUACAAAAAAAAUUAAUUAAACUUUUUUUAAAUUUUCAAAACUUUAGGAAUGAGAUAACUUGUUUCAACUAAGUAAUUCCUUUUUUUUUUCUUUCUUUUUUUUUCUUUCUUUUUUUUUCUUUUACUACAGAUUUUGGAAAAACUGUUUAAUUUUAAACCUUAGGUAUAGGUCACACAUUUUUUAAACCAAAAAUUCUAUAAAAGUCAGGGGCACGACCUAUCCACUCGUCAUCAUUGUGGAAACUGUUAUGUCAUUGAUAAGAAAAGUGGGAGAAAAGUUUUCUCCCUUGCCCCCACUUAUGCUCAAGAGGGCAAUGAAUUUCUUAAAAAUGUUAAUUCAAGAUCAUGUAAAUUAUGACAAUUGCUUUUCUGUUUUCAAUUUGUUGUUUUUGAUGUCUAAGAAAUAUUCUCUAUAUUUACAUUAAAAAGGGCAGGUAACUCCCCCAAACUAAGGGUGCCACCUAUACAAAAGUAUAUACUGUAUCCUCACCUUAUUUAAUGCAUCAAUUAGAGGGAAUAAUUAUUAAGUAUUGGGGGAGUAAUGCACUUACUUUAUCAAUUUUCAGAUCCACCUUUUAAGAUAUUCUGAGGAAGAACUCUCACUUUGGACAGAGAUGCAACACCCUUAUAUUGUCAAGCUAUAUGGUGCUAUUCGCCAUGGAGUCAAAAUAUACAUUUUUUCAGAGUUUAUAGAUGGUAUGUCAUGCAUGAUUACUUAUGUAAUCGUACAAAAAUAUCUUUAGUGAAUUUUGAAGCAUGAAAGUUUAUCUGUCAUAGUUGUAUUUCAUCAAGUUCUUAGCACAGUGGAUGCUCUGAUUAAAAGAUAUAAAUCCUUCAAAAUUUAGUGCUACUUAGUUUUGGAAAUUCAGAAUUCCUAUUCCUUGUCUCUUAGCGAAAAUAAAAUUAUUAUAAUUUGUAAACCUAAAUAUAGUGGUGAAGUAUAUAUCGAUUGUGCUUUCAUAUUUUCAUCUGUCAAUAUUUAUCAAUGGCUAAUAUAACGUAUUCAUCCGUCACACAUAAGGUGGUGAUCUGGCCGCGUGUAUUGAGGAACAGAAACGUCUUGGCAGACGCCUAAGCCAUUGGUCAGCCAUCAAUUACUUUAAGCAGUUGCUGCAAGUCUUGGCAUAUUUGCAGUCAAAAGAUAUAUUGCAUGAAGACAUAAAAGGUACUGCUAGCGUCAUAUAAUUUAUUGACAUUAAUGACUUUUUAAAUGGUUAAAUAUAUUGAAUUACUUACUGUGGACUGUCUGUAGCUGUAGCAAUUAACUUUAAAAGAUGUAGAAAAGUUUCCAGGGCAUGCUGUUGGCUUUAAUAGUGGAAGAAUAGAUUUCAGGCUCACCCCACAUCUAUUUUCAAAUGGUCCUUUUAGACAUUUCCACACAUCACAAGUUGACUGAUACAAAUCCUUUUUUAGAAGUGACCAGAAUUCUCUUCAUUGCUAAUUUAAUAUUUUUCCAGCUGACAAUAUUCUGUUGAGACAAAACACAAAAUACAUUGCCGUUACUGAUUUUGGGACUUCACGUAAACUUCAAGACCCCAAAGAAUUGAAGAAUAAGUCGCCAGUUGGUAGCCCGACACACUGGAGUCCAGAGAAAGCGUCCAUGGAAGGUCACGGCUUUCCUUCAGAUCUUUGGGCUGCUGUAUGUGUUCUGGUACACAUGCUCAGUGGAUUACCUCCAUGGUUGAAAAGAUAUCAAAGUGCCGGGAUCCUUAACUAUAUUGUAAGUACUCUGUGCAUAAACAUGUGCUACAGGAAUCAAGUUAAAGUUGCUGCAUAACUUGAUUGUAUGUAUUCAGGAUGUUAAAUGGUUAUAUGAUUUCCGGUUAUUGUUUGUAAAGCUCAUUAGUUUAUUGAUCUUUUACAUCAUAAUAAUAGUUUUUUUGAAAAAGUGAAAAAAAUCCAGAAUUGUAAAAGGCUGUUAAAUUACUUAAUUUAAAAAUAAUAAAAGUACAUUAGAAUAAAGUAUGCAUUAAGUGACCACAACUUGCUGCUAAGGGGAUUGAAUGCUGGUACUAACUGUGGUAUCAAAAUAGAAAUUGGAAGAGAGUUACUUGUCAGUUAAAAAAGUAGAGAAACUUUUGACAGUGCUUACAAUCUUUUGAAAUAUCUUGAUAAUCUUACCCUUUUGUGCGGAACAAUUAGGAAUGUAUUGUUAAAGUGGAUAAACAGUUUAAAAACAGAUUAUCAAGUCUCCCCAAAAUACAAGUAUAACAUUCCUUUUUCAUUAACAAAAACUGCAACAACAUUUUCCCUUCUUUUCUGAACAUUAUUUUCACAGCUAUUGAGAUGGAAUUUUUUGAUAAAUUUUGUAUUUUAAUAAAAUUCUUUGAAUGGAACAACGAUGUUUAAAAAUUUUAUUAAGAGUGACAUUAGAAAAUAUUUGCUGAAUGUUUAUGGGUUACUUUGUUUCCAUCAGAUUUAUGCCCAACCUCCUCCCAUGGAUGAUGUACCGCAGAAUGUUCAAGAAGUUGUCAGGAAACUUAUUGAGAAAGGUUGGGUGAAAGAUCCUCAGUACCGGCCCAGCCCUAGUGUCUUGCUGCAAGAUCCUGCCUUUAGUAUCUUGAGUGAGUCUGUUUGUGGCUUCAGUAGUCCAAAUACAUUGAUUGUUUUUCAUUUCUUUGGUUCAUGAAAUGUUCCAAGUUAUUCUUUAAAUGGUACAAUGCAUCUUUCUUGUGUUCUUUUUCAUUCCCAGCACUUAUCUUAUGAUCUUUCUUGUGUUCUCUUUCAUUUCAAGUACUCAUCUAAGACCUUUCUUGUGUUCUCUUUCAUUGCAAGUACUCAUCUAUGAUCUUUCUUGUGUGCUCUUUCGUUUCAAGUACUCAUCUAAGAUCUUUCUUGUGUUCUCUUUCGUUUCAAGUACUCAUCUAUGAUCUUUCUUGUGUUCUCUUUCGUUUCAAGUACUAAGCUAUGAUCUUUCUUGUGUGCUCUUUCAUUUCAAGUUGUUAUCUAUGAUCUUUAUUACUCCAUGUUCUAUGCAUUUCAGUGUUGUUUAUCUUUGCUGUGACAUUGUUAUUUUUCUCACUAAAUAAUGACAGCGUUGUCUUAUUGACAGAUGAAGAAACGCCUGAGACUUACUAUUCAACACUUAUGUCCCAUCACCCUGUCCGACCAGGUGUUAGACCAGCAGAUGUCAAUGAUGACCAUCAGGUAAUUAUGGUAUUAGGCUUUCAAGUAAAUUAGAUCAGUGGUCCCCAACCCCCAGGCCAUGGACCGGUACUGGUCAGUGGAUCAAAUGUGUCUGGGCCGCCCAAGAAACAUUAAAUUAUUUCCAUUUUAUUUACUUUGGUGUAUUUCUCUCGGGAUUGUGCGAUUUCCAUGAACAAGAGGUUAAUGGGGAGCUGAGCGGCAAUGGCGUUGUAGCUUUGGUGGAAUCUACAGAUAUCAACAACAAGGCAAUACUACUUGUUUAUGUGUGAUAUAUUUAUCAGGAGGAUGUGCAUGAGGAUUUGUUAGGUGCACUAUCUUUGCACAGGAGCAGAACUGUUCAAGUCACUGGAUGCCAACCAACACCACAGGAGCAGAACUGUUCAAGUCACUGGAUGCCAACCAACACCACAGGAGCAGAACUGUUCAAGUCACUGGAUGCCAACCAACACCAGUCCUCGUCUUGACAAGUUCAGUGACCUACGGUUGGUUGACCACAGGAGCAGAACUGUUCAAGUCACUGGAUGCCAACCAACACCACAGGAGCAGAACUGUUCAAGUCACUGGAUGCCAACCAACACGACAGGAGCAGAACUGUUCAAGUCACUGGAUGCCAACCAACACGACAGGAGCAGAACUGUUCAAGUCACUGGGUGCCAACCAACACGACAGGAGCAGAACUGUUCAAGUCACUGGGUGCCAACCAACACCACAGGAGCAGAAUGUUCAAGUCACUGGAUGCCAACCAACACGACAGGAGCAGAACUGUUCAAGUCAAUGGAUGCCAACCAACACGACAGGAGCAGAACUGUUCAAGUCACUGGAUGGUUAUAUAUCAGGCCAACUAAAAUGGUCCUUUUGUGUCGGCAUAUGCACAGACGGAGCUGCUGCCAUGACUGGACGACUGUCUGGUUUAACUGCUGGGAUUAAGGAGAGAGUGAAUCUAUGCAUUGUAUCAUUCACAAGGAAAUGCUGAUAAGCCGAAAAAUGGCACCAGAAUUUAACAGCGAAUCGAUUGAUGUCGUAAAAGUUAUAAACCACAUCAAAGUACACGCCCUUAACUCACGCCCGUUUCAGCAGCUUUGUGAGGAGAUGGGCGCAGAGCACAGAUGCCUUCUCUUGUACACAGAAAUAAGAUGGUAUCCAGAGGAAAAUCGUUAACCAGAGAAUUUGAAUUACGAGAGCCAUUGCAAAGAUUUCUCUCAGAAAGAAGUCACUGCUGGCAACACAUUUCAGUGACAAUAAAUGGGUCGCAAAACUGGCUUAGCUGUGUGAUAUAUUCAGCCUGCUCAAUGAACUCAAUUUGUCCCUUCAGGGGAAAAUGACAACUGUUUUCAAGUUGGCAGAAAAAGUAGCUGCAUUUAAAGUCAAACUGGAGUUGUGGGGACGGCAAAUGAAAAGAGGCAUUUUGGACAUGUUUCAAACAUUAGCGGGGAUUUUAAGCGAGACUGAGCCUGAGCAUUUAUUCUCCCAUUUGGUGCACGAUCACCUGUCUUUGCUUUUAAAAGAGUUUGAGCGCUACUUCCCAACCACAAAAGACCCAUGAACUGGUAAGGAAUGGAUCCGUAGAUGGUAGAUAGUUGGUAUUAGGCUUUAAAGUAAAUUUGAUGAUAUGGCUGUGUAAAUAGAUCAUAUACAUAUGUGAAAAUGCAAUGUUAUAAUCUUAAGUUGGCACAUAAAUGAUGAAAUUUUGAAUACAUUUUGGUUUCAGUUUUUAUCUUGCAAGAUUCAUAAAUUUAAAAACUUGUCAGAUCUGUUGAUGUCGUAUAAAGCCAACUCAUUAAGAUAAACUUGUCAGAUCUGUUGAUGUCGUAUAAAGCCAACUCAUUAAGAUAAACUUGUCAGAUCUGUUGAUGUCGUAUAAAGCCAACUCAUUAAGAUAAACUUGUCAGAUCUGUUGAUGUCGUAUAAAGCCAACUCAUUAAGAUAAACUUGUCAGAUCUGUUGAUGUCGUAUAAAGCCAACUCAUUAAGAUAAACUUGUCAGAUCUGUUGAUGUCGUAUAAAGCCAACUCAUUAAGAUAAACUUGUCAGAUCUGUUGAUGUCGUAUAAAGCCAACUCAUUAAGAUAAACUUGUCAGAUCUGUUGAUGUCGUAUAAAGCCAACUCAUUAAGAUAAACUUGUCAGAUCUGUUGAUGUCGUAUAAAGCCAACUCAUUAAGAUCUUUGUUUAUUUUCAGGAGCAUAAAAGCAUGCUAACAACAACUAUUCUGACAGUGUCUCCCAAUAAAACUGUUUUAUACAAGCAACAUAUUACCACAAGUGCUCCACAAGAUACACAAAGCCAGCAAGCUCAACCAACAAAUGACAUCGAUGAGAACAUGGCAAGACAAGACGAUCAUUCAGCCGGUGAAAUGAUACGCGAGGCCCAGGAGAACACGGAGAAUACAAAGCAAGGAGAAGAUUUAAAGUCUGUGCUUCAAGGGGCAAUGAACGAAUCUGUCAAGGACCCUGUGCAUCCCCAGGAGUGCAAAGGUCAGCCAUCCCAUGAAGGGCGGCAAGUUGUUGAUUUCUUGAGUGGUUCAGGGCAUUCAGGAAUUCAGAACCAGGUGGCCAUGGCUCAAUCUACUGAGAGACCCCAACUGGCCCCCAGAGUGUCUGAACUGGUGGAACCAAGGAGCAUUGAUAAACUGCUGCCAGAUUUUGCUGAAUUGUUCCCAGAUGAUGAAUCGGAGAACAUGAGGUCCAUCAAGUCCUUCUUUGUUGAUAGCUAUGUUGAGGGUGAUCUCAAAUUAAGAGAAAAGGCGCCUCUGCAAGUCUACACACCAGAAGAACAAAUAACCGCUCAGUAUUCACCAGAAGAAAAACAAUCCCAGCAGUUGCCAAUUUUGUCCAUCUUUGAUGCCAGCAUUGAGGGAUCGGCUCCUGCCAACAAGGAUGACUUGAAUGACACCCCCACGACAACAGGGGUGGUGACUCAGGUAUCUACAGCUGCUUGCCUGUUGACAAACUCAAUCUUUACCCUGUCUUCUGAUUCUGAGUGUGCAAGUUCUGAGCUGUUUGAUACAGUGCCUUCUGUACCUCUAGAUGAGAGUGACAAGUUUUCUCAAGUUCAAAAUGUUGAAGAUGAAAACGACCUGAGUGGAGCUUGUGCCCUCACUAUCGCCCACACCACCAAUCUAAUGCAAAGAAAGCCCAUCAAUUUGAAGUUGGAUUUGAACUGUCCCCCGAUGUCACGGAGCGCCAGUCCUUCAGGCAACAGCUCACUGACUUCAGGCGGUGGCGACUCAAAGAGGUCAAGUGCGGGGAUACUUACGGCAUCACCCCCCAGAUAUUCCUCCCACCAACCAAGCCCCGGCUCAGGUCAAAGUACGGGAGCAAUACAAAGGCAGAGCACACAUUCAGGAUCAACAAGUUCUCUAGUUCAGUCAUUUUUACAAACUUCUGUCACGGAAGAACAGAAAAGAAUUUUGUUGGAGUAUUCAGGUUUGUCAUGUUGAAUUUAACAUUAUCUCUCCUAGACCAUGAUGUAAACACCUACAUAGUCCUUCAUUCAACAUUAUCUUUCUCAGACCUUGAUUUAUACACCUACAUAGUCCUUCAUUCAACAUUAUCUUUCUCAGACCUUGAUUUAUACACCUACAUAGACCUUCAUUCAACAUUAUCUUUCUCAGACCUUGAUUUAUACACCUACAUAGACCUUCAUUCAACAUUAUCUUUCUCAGACCUUGAUUUAUACACCUACAUAGACUCUUUUGCACAACUCUUUUACCAUAAUACUAAUAUUGUCAUCUCAAGUUACAUUAUCAUUAGAUGCUGUUUAUCAUAACUAAUAUUUAACUUCCUCUUUCAAAAAAAAAUUAAAAUAAAUUAAAUGUCAUCAUAUUUCUCAGAGAAUCCAAUGCAAUGUCUCCAUAUACCCCAGGUUUCAACCUAAUCCCUAGGUUUUCAAGGAAUCCUGGUUGAGUAACUCGGUCUGCGUGAUUAACAUACCUUAUGACAAUAAACAUAAUAUAACAAUGAAUAACUCAAAUCUUAUUUAGCUAAUCUGAGUUAUCACACUUACUUCAGUGAACUAAUCUGAGUUAUCACAUUUUGGUUUAUUAUAAUCAGAGUUAUCACACUUACUUAAGUUAGCUAAUCUGAGCUAUCACACUUGCUUCAGUGAACUAAUGAGUUAUCACAUUUUGGUUUAUUUAGCUAAUCUGAGUUAUCACACUUCAGUUAGCUAAUCUGAGUUAUCACACUUAUAUUAAAUCAUUCAGUAACCUUUAGUAAGCUGGAGUUGACAAAAUGAACAAAUUAUACAGGUGCUGUCCCUUUUUUAAGCCCCUUGAAAUUUUUUGCAAAUUAAACAUUUUUUAAAAUUAAAUUUUAAAAUUCAGCCAUCUUGUAAUUGUUUUCCCUUGUUAUAAGUCACUAAUGAAUAAUUCUUCCUUUUGAUUUCAGUUAGCACUGACGCCACUCUCCCUGGAAUCAAUGAUGAUGAUGACUCUGUUGUUGACACAGGAUACAAUGCUAACAUAAAUGUAUGUCUUGGUAGCUUGGCUAUGGAGAAGAACCUUUUUCUACCCAAAGAAAAAUGGCUCGUUUCCAAAGUUUUUUUUUUUUCAAAAAUAAAAUGUCAGUUAAUUUAACUUGAAGGUACGUACAUUCAACCAGUGACUGGUCAACAUCAUUUUAAAUUAAAAAGAACUGCUGAAGUUACCAUCGGAUUCCUCGAUUAAAGUUGAGUUUGUAAAAAAAUUUCCAUUGAAUUUGGAUUAACAAAAUAUCGAAAUUAUCAGAAUUAAGUAAACUUGAAACCACUUUUGUGGGUUAUAAUUGACCAGACCAUUUUGUGUUGACCGUUGGGUUACGCACGAACUUAAGAACACCAUAGAAUGUCCACACCACUAAGUAUUCCCAGAUAACAACCUACUUUUGAUCAGGGCGAAUUCUGACCCUCAAAGUUAGGACUUUAAUAAAUUAAAAAAUUCAUUUGUUCCCCCAAUCUGUCAGAAUUCACCAGCAUGUUCUUCUGGGUGUUACUAAAUGUUAUUGAUCAUGCUUAAAGUCAGUAUUGUCACUGAGGGAAUGAAAAUGAUGGUAUAUGAUGUGGCUGUUCUUUGUGCUUGAGAUAUUGAAAAAAUGUCUAGCAUUUAUCUUUUAAUAAUAAAAAUUGUCUUGGUAAGAAUAUUAAAAUUAAAUUAAUAAUGGAACAAGAUAUGUUUAGACUUGAAAAAAAAUUACAUAUUUAUCUUUGUGCCGAAAAUAAAUAUGCAUAUUAUUUUACAAUGUCAUAAAAAAACAUUUAUAUCUAUUUUGAUCAAUCAAAGAACCUUAUUUUAUGAAACAGCAGACGGUAGUUUUUAUUUUAAAAACAGGACCUUGAGAAGACUUAUUUUAGCGGGCGGUUUUUGUGAUCAGUGAAAAAAUAUGUCAAAACUGGAAGAUAUUGUUUCAUGUUCUAUUCCUAACAUAAAAGUUGGUCUUAAAUUACUCAGUUUUCAAACUCGAUGAAUAUCCAGUUACGAUAUUACAGUGAUUUUUUAAAAAAAGUACAUUUUGGAGAGAUGUUUUUCGUUGUCAUAACCUGACCAAAUGAGCACACAUCACAGCAGAAUGCUAUUGUCUCCUUGACAUCUAGGUUGAUGAAACCCAGCAGGAUGAUGCCACUGAGGAUGUGCUGUCCAUGCUUCGUAAUGAACUUGAUGACACAACUUUAGGUUUGCAAAGCUUUCUCUUUAAAAAAUAUUUAAAAGUAGCAAUUACUAAAUUUUAAAGUGAUGGGUUAAACUCCCACACAGCCAUAAUGACUUAAUACAAUAAGUUAAACUCACUGCCAUAAUUACUAAAUACAGUAAGUUAAACUCACAGCCAUAAUGACUAAAUACAGUAAGUUAAACUCACACAGCCAUAAUGACUAAAUACAAUAAGUUAAACUCACACAGCCAUAAUGACUAAAUACAGUAAGUUAAACUCACACAGCCAUAAUGACUAAAUACAAGUUAAACUCACACAGCCAUAAUGAAUAAAUAAGAAAUACAAUAGAUAAAACUUGCAAGCUCCUUUGGAAGUUAAAUUAAAACUUUUAAAACUAUUUACAUAGAUUAAAUAAAACAGAAUAUUUUUAAUAUUUUUAUUCACAGAUGGUGUCAAGCUGGAAUUUUAUGAUCAUUCUAACGAAAAAUUAUUUGAAAUUCGUGUCGCAGAGUCGCCCAUUUUCUUAAAAUACAUCAUUGAAAUAGCCAGGAACAAGGUUCGUUCAAAUCUUUUUCUUUAGGUGCAUGCGAAGCACUUUAAAUGUAAGUUUUAAUUAUGUGGUCAUGCAAAUUUAGCCCUUCGUUUACACCUGAACCCCUUGUUUCCAGACCUCUUCCCAUCUCUUGUUCCCAGACCUCUUCUGACCUCUUGUUCGGAGACCUCUCUGACACCUUGUUUCCAGACCUCUUCCGUGGAGCCUAAAAAAUUUCUUACCCUCCUCUUUAAUCAUAACACCCCCUAAUGAAAACAACCCCUGGCCAUAACACCCCCUAGUGAUAGUGUUAGGCAUUGUAAUCUGUUGCUACAGUUGUUCACAUAGAGUUUAAUGAAAAUUGUGCACAGAAUAAGGGUGACUAAACUUUGAUGCAAAUAAAAUAAUCUUAAAAAUUCUUAUUGAAAAAAUAAACUUUUUUGUAUUGAAUUGUGAUGAAUAAUCAAUUAGAUACCUUUACUUUCAGUUGGUUUGUUUUAUAUAAAUAUAAUCCAAUAGCUACCUUUAUUUGCAAUUGUGUUUUUUUUUUUUCAGAUUAAACAGUGCCAGUACAUACAUUUCACAUUUUGUUAUUUAAAUGGGGCACUGCUGGACUUCUUUAGACCAAUAUCGACACAACAGCUCAAAGUUGUACAACUGACAGAUCCAGCAGACAAAUGUUUGUGUGGUCAAUGUCCCGCCAUUUUCUAGAGCAGCGUUUCCCAGGAUCCUGUUGAUCCAGUCACGACACAGGAAGAUGUGACAUCUUAUUAUUCAGUGGAGCAACACCCGCGGGGUCGAAGGUGGCUUGUUCUAUUCCAUUAUUGUCCAGGCAUCCACAAAAGUGUUGUCAGACAAUCAGUUGUGUUUUUUCAUUGUGUUGAAUGUCCAUCCAGGCAUGUUUGAGAAUGCCAAAGCAAAAAGCCAAAGAAACAAGCUUGGAGGUGAAGGGAGAAAUUAGGGACAAAGUUUAAUAACUUUGAUCUGCGAAUAAAGUUAUCUGCUCUGUGGUUUCUGGUUAUCAAAACACCUCUUGGUAUUAAAUCAUUCAAGUUUUUUUAGAUCUCUUUUCAUCUUUAUAAGAGUAAAUACCUUUUUAAUUGAAUAUUUAAAAAUUCUAUGGACUUAGAGGCUAGAAUAAAGGAUUUUAGUAGGGCUGGGACAGAAUUUUUUUGUUUGAAAAGUCCACACAAAAAAUUGUUUAGGCAAUGCUGUUUAAGAAACAAUUGAUAAAAGUCCACCUGUGCUCUACAAUAGGCAAGGCAAUAUAUUAUUAUCAUCUGAAGCUUUCAUUGUUACUUAUUUGUUAUAUUUUUUUACGUUAAACUUUCCAUACAAUGAUUGAACUUAUUUCCCCAAUUUAAGAUUUGCUGCACACUAAUUUUUCUAAAAACAUUUUUUCCCCGUUUGUGCUUACAUUAAUUCUUGUCAUACAUUUACUACAAUAUGCUAACUCCAAUAAUAGAUUUCAUUUGCAUAAUGGCCAUGUGUGGCUGAAUGCAAAAAGCUGUUACCCAUUUUCUAGAAUCCUCUUGAAGACCAGCUCUUUUUUGUGUACAGUAUACACAUUUGAGAUAUCUUUUACUAUUGAAUGCAGAGACCUGACAGAACUAUGAUUAUACGAGACUGGGUUUUAAAAAUAUAUUCCGGUGGUUGUAAUGAUUUUAAAUUUAAAACAUAUAUAUAUAUAUAUUUAUUAUAAAUAAAACAAUGUUUUCGGUAAUUAGUUUUAGAGCUUCUCUACAGUUGACAGUGAAUGGACAGAGAAAUAUGAUGCGAUUGCAAAAAGAGAGAAAACUAGGGAUUUUUUAAAAAAGUGCUGUCACCUGUACCACACAGCAGCUUGAGUUUUUGAUAUAUUUUAAAAGAUAUAGCAGGCAGCAUUUGAAACUUAUUUAAAAAGUCAUUUAGUAGCUGUUCAAGACCCCAGCCCUCCUCUUCCCUUGUCUUAUUAGACUACAGCCCUCCUCUUCCCUUGUCUUAUUAGACUACAGUAUGUCAACGGAAAAUAAAAGCAAGCUCAUAGGCUUAAUGCAAGGGUGGGCAAUUCGCCACCCACCAAGUUAAAAAUUGUGGCCCGGGGUAUGUAUCAAAAAUGAACUUAUUUCUUCAUCCAAUUAGGGAUAAUUUUUAUUUUUGGCUUUAACACACAUUUGAAAUAUAUAUGCAACAUUUUUUGUGACAGUGUGCGCCAUUGUGACAGAGUGCGCCAUUGUGACAGUGUGCGCCAUUGUGACAGUGUGCGCCAUCCAAGUUUUCCUUGCUCCAUUUUAGACUGAUUUUUUAAAUGAAAUAGAUUGAAAUAAGUAAUAAAUUAUAAAACAGUUUUACUCUUAAGUAAUAACUAAAAAUAUAAAUGAUUUAUUUAAACACAGCUAGGUAAGGGGAACCUAAUUUUCCACAAGUGUUAUGAUUAAGUGUAUGAUGCAAAACUAAAUUCUGGUAUAUACCAAAGAGCAUUCCUGCAUUUUGAAUUUAUAAAAAAUAUCUGGGAAGAGGCUCAGUCUCCCCACCUCCACUUUUGCUCAGGUGACUUCAAUAGGCGUCCUCUUCCUCUGCCCACCCUCAACCUCUGCCCACCCUCCCCUCAAGUGGCAAUUAAUGGGCACUGUUUUUAUUUUCAAUAGUGCACUGUAUAUAAAUAUAUAAACGUCAGUCAUCUACUGGGAGAAGUGACAAUAGUUUGACAUGCAUGCACUGGAUGUUUAUUUAUUUACUAUUAAAAGGGUAUUGCAUGAUAUAAAUAUGGUAAAGUACUAUUCUGAGACUAUAUUGUACUAUUUUGGGAGUUCCAGUGUAACCAGGUCUUCUCUUGUUAAUGUUCCCGUCAAUGAUGCCAUUGGACCACAUGGACAUUAUUUCUAUCUAUACUGUGUGAUAAUUUAGGUUAACUUUACUAUUUUUCAUAGAUUUAUGCACUGAUGAGCUAAAGAAAUCAUUAUGGGAAAAAUAAAAUCCAGUUUCAAUGGAAUAGACCCUUCUUGUAAUUUUAAUUCUGAUCUGAUUCCUCCAUUAGCAAUCACUUCUAUGCCGGCAUGUUUGUAAAAUAUUUCGUUGAGUGAGAAGUAGGCCUUUAUAUCUCUGAUCAAACAACUUUGUUAGCCAUCUAUAUUUCCCUUAACACUUGAACUCUUUGCUUGUGAUGAUGAAUCCAUGGCAAGACCAGGCGGAGUAAAGUUAAAACCGCUCAGGCUUCAGUUAGCCUCAUUGUCAUUUCAGCUAUUUAGUUUUGCUUAUAUCUACUCAUAUUUUUGUUGUGAAUCAUUUUUAUUCCAUGAUUGUAUUCCAUUGAUUUGUGUCUUACUGAUGUAGCAUGUAUAACCAUGUCACAUUUUGUAAGUUCCUAAUUCCCUUUUUUUAAUGGCUCGUCCACUAUUUUUAAUUGUUUUGCUAAACAUUUCCAUACCGCAUCCCAAAGAUGGAUGUUUAUAGUGUUAAUGCCAUAGAUUUGUGCCAUAGAUAAAUAACCUUUAUUUUGUAUUUUUAUCUAUUCAGGUUACUGCUAACUUUUUUAGAUCAAUUGAGCAAUUUUGUUAUGGGGUUUUCAAAUAGUUAUCUAUGAUAUUUCUUGUUAUCUUUCAAGUAGUUAUCUAUAAUCUUCAUCAACUGAUGUUCUAUGUAUUUCAGCUAUGUUAAUUGUUUGCUGUGACAUUGUUAUUUUUAUCAAGAUAUAAAGUACUUUAUUGUGCCAUAAUAUUUACAUCUCUAUUUUACUUUUAGAACAUUUUUAACUCACUUCAUUUUUUGAUGAUUCCCGGUUUUGUAACUUUAAUACUUUCUGAUUGACAUCUUGGACUUGGAUUUAUAUUUGCUUUAUGUAAAACAUGCUUUAAAAUGUAAUCGAUUUUUAUUUUUUAUUUUUUAAAAUUUACACAUGAUCAUUUAUUGAAUUAUCCACAACAUAACUGAUUUUGUGGAAUAUAAAGAUGCUAGUAGUUUGUCAAUGUCAUGACGUCUUUUCUUUGGUUAAAUGUUUGUCAUUCUGAACUAGGUCUUCAUCAGCUUUGUUGAUACAAACUGUUGUAUGCCUAUCCUGUUUAGUAGCUACGCCAUUUGUAUAAGCACAUUUAUAUUAUAGCCAGCCAUCUAAAUAAUGCAAACUAAAUAUAAAGGCACACUCGCUUCUCACAUGUUUCAGCAGUCCAACAAUAAACUAUUUUAAACUCAUC